GUCGGGAGCGGUCGCGGGGAGGUGACAGGCGGUGAAGGGAUGUGAAUAGAUUAGUUCAUCUAUCCACUUCCGGGGCGCUGGUCCGUCACAACGAUUCACAACGGGUAGUACCGGGUCACACGGUACACCGGGAAGGUUUCCCUUUUUCCAGUUCAAAAUGAGGACUGAACUGUGCUGCAUAUAGAUGGCCGGUUGUGGUGAAAUUACCCACACAGCAAACAUGUUGCCCUCAAAUAAGAAGCUUGGAGAAGCCUGCUCCAAUGGAGCUCCAAAUCUUGCAGUCCCUGAAUGUGCUAUAUGCCUUCAAACCUGUGUCCACCCAGUCAGUCUUCCUUGCAAACACAUUUUCUGUUAUCUGUGUGUAAAAGGAGCUUCAUGGCUUGGAAGACGAUGUGCACUAUGUAGACAAGAGAUCCCUGAGGACUUCCUAGACAAACCAACUUUACUUUCUCCUGAAGAACUAAAAUCAGCAAGCAGAGGGAAUGGAGAGUACGCCUGGUACUAUGAAGGAAGAAAUGGCUGGUGGCAGUAUGAUGAGAGGACGAGCAGAGAGCUUGAAGAUGCCUUCACAAAAGGCAAAAAGAACACAGAAAUGCUUAUCGCUGGCUUUCUGUAUGUAGCUGACUUGGAGAACAUGGUACAAUACAGACGAAAUGAGCACGGACGACGCAGAAAGAUGAAAAGAGAUAUUGUAGAUAUACCGAAAAAAGGUGUGGCUGGCUUAAGACUAGACUGUGAUGCAGCUAAUGUAAGUCCUGCAAGGGAAAGCUCAGCAGAUGGUGCAGACAACAUUGCAACACUUGGAGCGUCAUCAGCCCAAACUACUUCUGUUUUACCUGUCGGACCUCACAUAGUUCUUAGCAGCCAGAAUGCCAAUCCCAUACUUUCACAUACUGAUGGGAGCACUUCCCUUGAUAAUGCAUUCUCCCAACUUCAGCUAGGAGACCAUGCAGCAGGUAGAAAUAACAUUGGGGAAGGCGAGGAAGGACUGCCUCAACCUGCAAGUAGAGUGCCACUCACUGAUGCCAUUGUAGAUGACCCCGAAACAGAUGACACCACCAACCAGGGGAUUCUUUCAGUGCAACAGAAUGUAUUUAUUCAGCAGAGACACACAGUAAUAGGGGCUUCCCUGCCACCACCAGAUCGCCCAGCUGCAACAGCUAAUGGUGGGCAGAAUACCAUUGUAAGGUCUAGAAGGCCUGAUGGACAGUGCACAGUGACCGAAGUCUAAGUGAGUGACUGGUCUGGGCUUCUCGUAAGCAGUGUCCGUUGUCACUGCUUUAGAAUUGGGCUUAGACCAGGUAGCAAAGAAAAUACUGACCCCCUAACAUGACAUUCAUCUUGAUUUAUUUCAGUUGUAAGCUGGAAGGGCUAUUUAUAAGUAGAUAACUGAAGAGACUGAGUUGGCAUAAUGUGAGUGCUGAAUUGGCAUGUUACUUUUUACAUUGUAUUUUGAUAGUGGAGCUAAACCGGAAGGUAUGGAUCAUUUAAAUAAGUGAGUUGAAGUACCCCUUCUUGUUUAUUGCUUUCUCCGAAAUACAGCACAAGCUACUUGGUGGAGGAGGGGAAAGUAAGGAAACAUGGGAAUAAAGUGCAAGUGUUAAAGAAUAUUUUAUACAUCUACUAAUGUGUGUGUGUGUUUUCUUUUGUAGUGUUAGUCUCUUAUAAAUGUGAUUUCCAUGUAAUAAAUCUCAUUACGCUGGGUUUACGUGUGGCGACCUAUUGAUUGGAUUCACCCCAAAAUACUGGGACAUAACAUGUGAUUGUAAGAGUUUCCUUUUUGUCUGAAUAUUUACCAAACAAAUGUUUAAUUGUAGCUUUAAAUGGGUUUUCCCGAAAAAGAGAAGUAUAUUCUAUUCUUCCAGAGUGUUGUGCUCUCUUUGGAAAAAUAGAUAAUCUAUACUUAAUCUGUACAGCCACACCACUCUUGCCAUCAAAGCCCAGCCUAAAUGAUCAUUCUACAGUCAUAUAUUUGGUCCCUGUUCCAACCUUUUGGGAAAUCUUUUGGAUUCCAGAAAAGUGAAGAAGGAAAGCCACUCUUAAUGCUAUGUGUACAAAGCAUAAAGGGGAGAUUUAUCAAAACCUGUGCAGAGGAAAACUUGUCCAGUUGCCCAUAGCAACCAAUCAGAUUGCUUCUUUCAUUUUGCACAGGCCUUCCUAAAAAUGAAAGAAGCGUGCUGAUUGGUUGCUAUGGGCAACUGGGCAAGUUUUCCUCUGCACAGGUUUUGAUAAAUCUCCCCCAAUGUCAGUGUGGAAUUACGCAUGAAUCUUACGCACAGACAUUCUGCAGCAGCAGAAUCUCAUUGAUUUCAAUGGAAUACUGCUGCUCUGUUCACAUGGCAGAAUUUCCGCAGCAGCAACAUCUGCCCCGGAAAUCCUGAUUCUGGCAUCCACAAAAAACAUUAAAUAUGUUUAAUGUUUUUGCGGAUUCCACAAGGAAAUGCAUUGCUGUCUAUGAGACGGCACAUUGCUGAGCGGUCCUAGCGCCAGCAAGUUCUGCCAGCGCUCCGCUGUCUAUGGAACAAAGGCUAUGGCUUUGGCUGUGAAAACGAGCCUUUAGUCCUGCUUUCUGCCAAGUAAGUCUUUAUUUCUGUGUACACCAGGUAUGGACAAAUUGCAAUAGAGAAGACCUUUAGAUUUUUUCUGUUUGGUUUUUUGGCUACCUGUCCCCUGGGAUUUGUCCAGUCCUGGGCCACAUUCACCUUUACUCCUUGUAAGCAGCUGAUGACAAUGGAGAUUGGUCAGCAGGAAUCUUAUACUCCAGGCCCUAUCAGCAGAAGAGUGUUCUUCUCUUGCCAUCCUGUCCUUACAUGUAUUUCAUGUGUGUGUUUGGUUUGUAUAUUUAUUGCUUCUGGUUCUUUCUCUACAAGCUAUAACUGCCCUCUUUGAAAGUCAUUUUAAAUAGAUUUGGCCGUGUCAAGCUAUUAUAGAGCUUUAUAUUAACCUGAACCCAUUUCCCUAAGCUAUUGUAGAUGCUUACUUAUUGUUAUAGCUUGGUUUGAUCCCUGACUUGCCACAGUAAGAGUUAAAACCCCAGUAUAUUUUAUUGAACUGAAGAAUGUGAGGAACCAAAGAGGCCAGGAGCUGAAUAAAAGUAUAUUUAAUGCUGACGUAGUUUUAAGUUGGAAGUACCGUGGUUUAAUAAAGGAAAUGACUUAUUUUAGAACAACCUUCCAGCCACACAUGUAUAAAGAGCUAAUAUUGGUUUGUUGACAAUUUUUACACCUUUCUCUUUAGACUUUACUGUGAAGUCUGUAUUUAGAAUUUUACCCCUCUCAAGUUGUCUUGUUUUUGUUACAAGAUUUGUAAUUUAAUAAAGAUUACAUUUUAUCAGCAACAA